AUGCUUCUAAUCUAUAUUCUUCUUUUUCUAUUUAUUGGAUUCAGUGAAUCUCGUGAACGUGAAAUAAUGAUUAAUGAAGAAAUUUCAAUAGGUACAAUUGUAUUUGAUUUAAAUAGUAUAUCACCAUUAUCAUCAUCAUCAUUAAUAACUUAUCAAUUAUUAGAAAGUUCAUCAUUAUUAUAUUUUAAUUCAACAACAAAUUCAAUAAUAAUAAUAAAACGUAUUGAUCGUGAUACAUUAUGUCCAAAUGAUGAUUUAUGUUUAACAUGUUAUAUAACAAUGAAAUUUUAUGAUAUAUUUUAUUAUGAUAUAUUAUUAUUAAAAUUUAAAAUAAAUGAUAUUAAUGAUAAUCAACCAAUAUUUAAUUCAAAUACAUAUACAAUAUCAUUAACUGAAAAUAAUAUGCCUGGUAUUAAAAUACGUUUAUCGAAAGCUGAUGAUAUUGAUUGUUUAAUUAAUAAUAUACAAUAUUAUGAAUUAACAUAUAUUUAUAAUAAUUAUAUAAUAAUAUCAAAAAUAAAUUUAUUUAAUAAUAAUAAUAAUCAAACAAUUAAUAAUAAUAAUCAACCAUUUUAUUUAGAAUAUGAUAUAAUUAAUAAUGAAUUAUAUCUUAUUAUAAAUAUAACACUUGAUCGUGAAUUACAAUAUGAAUAUAUAUUUACAUUAACAGUUAAUGAUUAUAAAUAUAUAACAUCAACAAAAUUAACAUUAAUUGUUCUUGAUGUUAAUGAUCAUAAUCCAAAAUUUUUACAAACAAUAUAUACAAUUAAUAUAACAGAUAUAAUACCAAUUGGUACAAUAUUAAUUAAAUUAAUUGCAUAUGAUGAAGAUUCAAAUGAAAAUGCACAUAUUUAUUAUUCAUUAUUAAGUAUUGAUGGUUAUAAAUAUGAUAUAAAUAAUCAAAAUAAUUUAUUUCAAUUAAAUUCAUAUACAGGUGAAUUAAGUUUAAUAUCAAAUUUAAAUAAUAUAGAAAUAAAAACUAUAUAUAAAUUACUUAUUGGUGCAUCUGAUGGUAAAAAAAAUUCAAUACCAGCAUUAACAACUGUUUAUAUUAAUAUAUUAAAUGAUAUAUAUAAUAAUAAUAAAUCCUUAAUACAAAUAACAUUUGGUUCAAAUCGUGUAUCAAAAAAUUUAACUGAAGUAUAUAUAUCUGAAAAUUUACCUAAUGCAACAUUUAUAGCAUAUAUUAAAUCUGAUGAAUAUUUAGAAAUUAUAUUAAGCGAUGGAUUUUUUAUACAAAAAUUAAAUAAUUAUAGUUAUACAUUAUUAACUGAUCGUAUAUAUGAUCGUGAAUUACGUUCAUCAUAUAAUGUUAUAUUACGUAAUAAAAAUAUUCAACGUUAUUUUAAUAUUAUUGUUACGGAUAUAAAUGAUUGUAAACCAAUAUGGAAUACAACAUUAUUAAAUAUUGAUAUUGAUUUAUAUAAUAAUGAAUUAAUUUCUAUUAUAUUAAAUGCAUAUGAUAAUGAUGAAUAUUCAAAUAUUGGUUAUCGUAAAAAAAGUUUAUCAUGGCCACAAUGGAUAUUAUUAAUAACAAAUAAAUUAAUUAUUAAUUGUACAUUUGAAUUAAAUAAUACAAAUAAUGAUUGUUUAUUUUAUUUAACAAAUGGUGAAAUAUGGCUUGAUAUUGAAGCAUAUGAUAUUGAUAAUGAAAAUUUUUCAUCUAUUAUUAAAAUACGUUUAUAUAAAAGUUCAAUAUUAGGUAAUAAUUUAUUAUUAUUAAAUGAUAUAAAACAAAAUAAUAAUAAUAUAUUACAAUUAUUUAAACAUGAAAAUAUAAUUAUUAUUAUUGCUAUAUUAAUGGGUUUAUUAUUUGUUAUUGCAACAAUACUUAUAUGUAUUUAUUGUCGUAAUGAAUUAAAUAAAAAAUCAUUAUCAUUAAUAACAAAUAAAAAAAUAAAUGAUAAUAAUAAUAGUACAAAACAAAAAAUAAUACAAACAUCAUCAUCUGAACAAACAUCAUCAGCUGAUUCACUUUAUGGUUCAGAAAAAUCUGAAAAUAUUACUGUUGAAACAUCGGAUAUGUUUCUUUUUUCACCAAGACGUACAACAUUAAUACCACAAUCAUCAGAUAAUUUAACAAAUAAAUUAUUUCAUUCAAUACAAAAUGAUCUUUCAUUAUUAACAGAAACAAAUCAACAAAUAAUAUCAACGAAAGGAACUUAUGUUUAA